UGUAGGCUAAUAAUGUGCAGUGUGUGUGUGUGUGUCGCUGUAGUUCGCUCAGACAGACGGUGGUUCUCCAGCUUGACUUCGUUCUCGUCUUUCUCUGGUGAUGUCACCGCGAACGGGCCCGCUGUAACGCGUCGGUGGAGUUGAUGGCGUCAUUGCGCGUCCUGACGGAGCCUCCCGAGCGCGCGCACGGAUCGCAGUGAAGGCCGACGCGACGCGACGCGACCGAGGCUCCGGUGGCCGCGAUCGAGCGACCCAAACCCGGACCCCGAGCGAGGAAACAUGCAGGCCGUGCCGGAGGAGCUGCAGGCCGGCUCCCGGAUCCCGGUGACCGUCGAACAGAUCGUGAACGACACGCUCGUGGUGACGCUGGUCUACCGGGAGAAGAGCUACACCGGGAUCUUACUGGACUGCAGCAGAAAGACUGGGCUGUUUUGCCUUCCAGACGUUGUUGGUAAAUCAGAAGAGAGCCUCAUAUUGAGACCGGACUGUGAAGUCUCGAGUGAAGAGGCUUCUUCUAAACCCGUUAGUCCGCCUUCACCGAGACCAAAAGAUGAGAACACGGAGCCAGCGAUGGCUCCUCCUGCUCCCCUACCCGUCCCGGUACAACCGGGCCAGCCCACGUACCCACCGUACUUUGAGGGCGCUCCUUUCCCGCAACCCGUUUGGGUCCGGCACACGUACAACCAGUGGGUUCCUCAACCACCACCUCGUCCAAUCAAGAGGAAGAAAAGAAGAAGUCGAGAGCCUGGACGGAUGACCAUGAGCACGAUCCGCCUGAGACCUCGGCAGGUGUUGUGCGAGAAAUGCAAAAACACGCUAAACAGCGACGAGGACAGCAAAGAUGGACCAACGGCGCCCAAGACGUCUAGAAAAGAAAACGCGCCUCAAGAAGACGAGGACACUAAAGCGACUCCGGCCAAGAGAAAGGACGACGGAGACAACAACAAAGAGCCGAAGAGAAGAGAGGACUCGAUGGUCUUUGACAACAAACGCUUCCGAAAGGACAAGAAAGACGACGAGAAGUUUCCGGUAGGGGACAUCAUUCCCCACAGUCCUGUGAUUAAGAUCUCCUAUAGCACUCCUCAAGGAAAAGGCGAGGUAAUAAAGAUCCCCUCGAGAGUUCACGGCUCUGUCAAACCCUUCUGUCCGAAACAGUUGUUGCAGAACGGGCAUGGACAAAGAGACGCCUCCAAGGAAUCCCAGAAAGUUGUGCAACCGCAAAUGGACGCCAUCCGAACGGGUCUUACCAUUUCCAUUCCCAAACUCAAGCUCCCAAAGCUGGCCAGUCCAGAGUCCCCGUCGCCCAAGAUCCGCCUGAGAUCCCGGUCCGACGGAGGAGAGCAAAUGUCCGUGUACGAGGCAGAACUUGUCGGCGGUUCCCGGAGAAGAAGUCCAAGAGUUCCCAACUCUCAAUCCGAGGAUGGUGCCGAGAAAAACUCGCUUGAACUUUGGUCCGGCGAAGAGGUCGACCGACACAGCGACCUGACUUUACUCAUUAACUUCCGCAAGAGGAAAGCGGAUUCGUCGAGCCUCUCCGUGUGCAGUAGCGACAGUCUAGACGAGUCCAAGUCGUUUAGCUCGGAUGGGACGUCGCCAGAACUCUGCGAUCUCGCUCCGGGCGACGACAUCUCCGUAUCGUCGUCUUCUCAAGGGGAAAGCAAGACUGUUCCGCCUCUAACCGUGCGACUGCACACUCGCAGCAUGACUAAGUGCGUGACCGAAGAAGGUCACGCCGUGACAGUAGGUGACGUCGUUUGGGGAAAGAUUCACGGAUUCCCGUGGUGGCCCGCUCGGAUACUCAGUAUUAGCGGUUCUCGUAGAGAAGAAGGAGAGGUUGAUGCUCCUUGGCCUGAAGCUAAAGUGUCCUGGUUCGGGUCUCCCACCACCUCACAACUCUCGGUUGCCAAACUGUCGCCGUUCCGCGAAUUCUUCAGGUUACGCUUCAACCGCAAAAAGAAAGGGAUGUACCGCCGCGCCAUCAUGGAGGCCGCCAAGGCGGUGGGACACAUGAGCGCCGAAAUCACAUCUCUGCUGUCUCACUGCGAAACUUAGAAGAAAAUCAGACUGUUUGAAAUGACAUGAAGAGGACGAGGACGGCCGUGGACGGGCUGUUAUUCAGGGGUCUGCAGGCGCUCAGUAUGUGGGAUCCUCCCAGCACGGAGAGCGCCUUCAUCAGCCACGGAGACCUCGAGGAAGGCUCUUCUCUCCUCACACACACACGACUGUUGGAAGAAGACGUCUGCCUUGUGACGAGCGGGCUGAGUUUGAGGGGCCACGAGGAGAACGAUCUCGGAGCGAACAAUUCCCCCAUCUCCUCUCCGUUUGUCUCCAUCUUUCCUAUGUUUGUUUUGUAGGACGUACAUUAUAUUAGAACAAGUAGCUUGACACUAAAUCCGAAUGUAUUUAUUCACACAAAAAACACUCGAGCGGUGACCGGCCUCUGUAAGAUCAUCUGCUGCUGUUUCUGAUGACUGACUGUCCUCAUAGGACGCAACGGACCGUCAGAUAUCCGUGUUAUGAUACUAAACGACAAGUCUUACUGUGUCUGUUCUUCAGAUUAUGAAAAUGUGAAAUUUUGCAUCAUGUAGGUCUUACACCAUGCAGUAUGUCCGAUUGUCCGUCGCUUCACAGUCUCUCUCUAGUUUUCUGUCCCCUUGAAGGAAUAUAUCUCCUGUCCUCCGUUUUCUUAUUUCGCUCUGAUUAUGUGAUGUUUUCUUUUGCUUUAAUUAUUUAAUGUCACGUUAAGAGAAGCACUUUAUCCAUACCUUGGUGGCCUGCUGUGAACCCGCCGUUCGCAGACUCUCGGAGGAGCCAACCCAUCGCUUUUGAAGUGAUUUUAAUUUUCAUGAAUUAAAGGACGCUGUCAGGAAGUUGUGUACACUGUAUUAUCGCCUUUAGCCUGGUUUACGUUAGACACCGUUGCUUUCCUCCUUAUGAAUUGUUCCACUGGAGAUAUGGACAGAACUGUACGCUCCUAUGCACCGUCUCUUUCAUUAAAGCAUAAAAAGCAGUGU